AUGCUCAAAGAUCGAUUAAUUGCUAAGCCAUACUCUCAAGAGUAUGGAAAAAGUCUACAUGAUUUCCCGCCUGAUAUUUCUCAUCGACUUGGUGAAGUUUGCAGAAGCAACUUACGCAUUAUUUCACAAAGUACAACUUACGAUCAUGUUUUACUUUCUUUAUAUGUUGAUGACAUGAUUAUUACCAAUCAUAAUGUUGAUGGGAUUGCAUCAUUAAAGUUGAAAAUACCUCGUUACUCGGUAAUAAAAGGUUUAGGUUUACUUGGUUAUAUUCUAGGUAUUGAAGUCCCCUCUUCUUUGAAAGGUUUUUUUUCUCAUCUUAGGGAUAAUAAUCUAUUGAUAUACCUCUUGAGCUUAAUAAUUGCUACUCUCCUUCUGAUUCGCCAUUAUCGGUUUCUAGUUUACAUCAUAUUGUUAUUGGUAGCUUGGUUUAUCCACCAUCACUCGUCUAGGUACCUUCGAGGUACUCAGUUUCAAAGUCAAUUACUUUCCUCUAUUUCAUCAUUAGAGUUGCAAGAAUAUUUUGAUGCUGAUUGGUCUCGUAAUUCUACAGAUCGCCAAUCUACUAUUGGCUUUAGUGUAUUUCUUAGUGAUUCCUUUAUUUCUUGGAAGAGCGAGAAACAAAAUAUUAUUUCUAGAUCUUCAAAAAAAAAGUGGAGUAUCGUGCCAUGA